AUGAAGAUAACAGUAAAAGUUACAUCAUCAAGUUUACUCCCAGCUGCAUCCAAUUCUCUAACUGUUGCCACUGAACGGCAGCAGCAACAUCAACAGCAAGACGCAAAAGAAGCUUGUAAUAACAGCAAUGCCCGUGACAGUGGCGACAGCAAGGAGCAAUUCUCCAACCUUGAAGAUGCUGAUCUCCAUGAAAGUUUAGAGCACAUCCUCCCUGAUAACCUCUUUGCUUCUCCUAUAAAAUCGGCCGGUGAACACUAUAUUUUCUCCACUGCUUCACCAGAAGCCGAUGAUAGCACCUUAGUAACAACUACAUCAUCUAACAACAUCCCAAUGCUGCCCACCACUUCCACCCUCAAUAUGGCUUCUCUGUUAUCAUGUUCUUUCCAAAUGCCAAGGUUUUCUUCUGGGCAAGAAGCCAUUGAAAUGUAGGUGAUGGGGGUGACCAUGAUCAGCAUGUUGGGCGUUGACUUUAGCUUGGAAAAGUUGAGUAGAGCAUAUAGAAGGAAGAAAAAGUCAUCUAGCUGUAUAGCCAAACCAUACCAUCAACAAAAAAGAAAAAGAUCUGUAAGGAAGAUCUCCUCAAGAUUAUUGUCAUCAUCAAUACCAUGCUCUAGUUACAAGUAUACAUAAUGCAUGCAUAAAGGACAGAUGAACUAAUUUAUGGGAGUGGGGUCUGUCUUUAUUUUUGUACCCUCUCUGUAGUUGUAGUUGUAGUUGUAGUUGUGUGCUGGACCACACACAGUACAAUAUAUAUAGCAUAACAAAACAGUUACUAGUAACUCUUGUUAUAUUGUUAAUUUACCUUUUUUUUUCAAAAAUUUAUUAUAUAUAAUAUUGUUUA